AUGAAACGCGAAAAGAAGAAGCCAACAGAUCUAGAUAUUGCGCUACAAAGUAAACGGGAGCUGUUCUUCAAGUCGGAGUCGGUGAGCGGCAGUGCGACGGGCGUGCCGAGUGGUGCGCCGCCCGCGCCUCCCGUAGGCGCCUCCGCGCUCAAGGACGCGCUCGCCAAGCGCUCGGCGACGUUGCCCGAGCAGCACGACACCAACCACCACGAGCCGAAUGGCAUCAAGGUCAACAGCGCGCCGUCUGACGUCGCCAAGAUGGCGCCCCCGCAGAUGCCCGCGCCGCCCGUGCCCACCGCCGCCCCCCCAUUGGCCCCCACCGCGCUCAGGAGCACGGACAACGUUAAGAAGAUCGAGCAUCCGCCUGUUGCGCCAAAACCGGAAUUACCUAAGAUAGAGAAACCAAAGACCAAAGAAUUAGACGGCUACGUUGGUUUCGCGAAUUUACCAAACCAAGUGUACAGGAAAGCGGUGAAGAAAGGAUUCGAAUUUACCCUAAUGGUGGUUGGUGAAACGGGCCUGGGUAAAUCGACGCUAAUCAACUCGCUGUUCCUAACGGAGGUGUACGACCGGGACAAGCACCCCGGGCCCUCGUUGCGGGUGAAGAAGACGGUCGGCGUGGAGACGAGCGUCGUGCUGCUCAAGGAGAACGGGGUCAACCUGACCCUCACGAUCGUCGACACGCCGGGCUUCGGCGACGCCGUGGACAACAGCAACUGCUGGCAGCCGAUAAUCGACUUUGUCGAGUCGAAAUAUGAGGAGUUUUUGAACGCGGAGUCGCGGGUGGCCCGCAAGGCGGCGCCGCCUGACACGCGCGUCCACUGCUGCCUCUACUUCAUCGCCCCUAGCGGCCACGGCUUGAAACCGCUCGAUGUAGAGUUCAUGCAGCGGCUCGGCGACAAGGUCAACAUAAUACCGGUCAUCGCCAAGGCUGACACCAUGACGCCCGAGGAGUGCAAGGACUUCAAGGAGCAGAUAAUGAAGGAGAUCGCCCAGCACAAGAUCAAGAUCUACGAGUUCCCGGAGAGCGGCGGCGAGGAGGGCGACGGCGCGGAGGCCACCAGGGCGCUGCGGGCGCGCGUGCCCUUCGCGGUGGUCGGCGCCAACACCGUCAUCGAGGCGGAGGGGAGGCGCGUGCGCGGCCGCAAGUACCCAUGGGGCAUCGCGGAAGUGGAGAACCUGGAGCACUGCGACUUCCUGGCGCUGCGCAACAUGGUGAUCCGCACGCACCUGCAAGACCUGAAGGACGUGACCAGCUCGGUGCACUACGAGAACUACCGCUGCCGCAAACUGGCCGGCCUCUCCCACGACGGCAAACCGCACAGGAUCAAUUCGAACAAGAAUCCUUUAGCUCAGAUGGAGGAAGAGAAGCGUGAACAUGAUCUAAAAAUGAAGAAAAUGGAAAGCGAGAUGGAACAGGUGUUCGAGAUGAAGGUGCGCGAGAAGCGCGCCAAGCUGAAGGAGUCCGAGGCGGAGCUGGCGCGGCGGCACGAGGCCACGAGGCGGGCGCUCGAGGCGCAGGCGCGCGACCUUGAGGAGCGGCAACGCGCGCUGCAGGCGGAGCGCGCCGCCUGGGAGCGCGACACCGGCCUCUCGCUCGACGAGCUGCGCCGCCGCUCGCUCGAGGCCAACAGCAAGGAAACGGUGGACGGGAAGGAUAAGAAGGACAAGAAAAAGAAAGAUUGGUCUUUUAAGAGUGUUGCAACAGGAAUAGUUUUG